AUGACCGACAUCUCGGCGGCGAAUGUCGAUAAUCUGCGGAAAGAGUGCAGUCCGGCUGCCAUUCGCAGAAUUCGGAAUGCCAUCGCUGGAAAGCAACUCGCGAAGGCUGAGUACAUUCGUUAUGGACUACUCCCGGCCUUGAGUGCCAUCCUUACCAAUUCCUCCGAAACCCAGCUCGUCCUUGAGACCGCCUAUAUCACCUCCGCCAUCGCGCACGAAGGUCCAGCUUAUGUCUCUCCGAUCCUCAAGAGCGCUCUACCUACCAUCCUUCUCCAGCAACUCUCCAAAGAUGCGCCGCCACGACACCAGCUUGCUAUCCUGCGGUGCCUGAACACCAUUGCAGAUGGCCUGCCUUCAAAGGAGUUUGGACAAUGGCCGGAGGAUACAACCUUAGCAGAUCUGCUCUACAUCAAACCAUACACACAGUGCCUUGUGUCAGGCAUAUCAAAUGCCUCGCACUCGUUGAUCUCUCAACAGAUCUGUGAUUCAACAAUAAGUCUGCUCUGCAAGACCUGUAAGACAGAGGCGCAGAAGCGAACCCUGGUGGACCUUGAGAUACUGCGAAUCCUGGCGCAGAGACUAGCAUCGUUCGUCGUCUCGGAUGGACUUGUUGUACCUUCUCCUGAAGCUCUGGAUUUCCCGUCGAGUAUAGCAUUCGGUCUUCCUGAUCCUGCACCGCCAAACGCGCACCUUUCGCCCACCCUCGAAGCGAUAGCUCUGCUCAUCGAAAACUCCAAAGAGCGUGCUGAAGGCCUCUUGUCAGAACCAGCCCUUAAUACUGUCCUACCCCAAUCCCGCGAAGAAUUCUCCGCAGCAGACGUUCGGACAUAUGGCAAUACCAAUUUACCGCGUCCACGACACAGAGCCCUGGAUGCACUCUUGCCUCAGGUGCCCGCAAAGGAACGAGUUGGAUCGGCCAGCAACCUCAAUUUCCCUCCUCUCGGCAGUGGCGGCCCGUUGCAGCGUCGCAGAUCGUCCUUCCACCCCGUUCCACCUCAGUUGUCAAACAUAAAUUUCGCUCCCGACAGUCAAGAUGACAAGGAGGAGAAAGCUCUUGUUCCCUAUCUGCUUCUUAUUGCAAGGGAGUCGAGGGGGCGACGACGUCUUUUGGCUUGCAAGGUGCUCAUUAUCCUACACGUGCUGAAGCUGGUACCCAAAAGCAGAUCCCGAACCUUUGGCGCGCUUCUCGUGCCUCUGCUUGCUCGGAUGCUGGAUCACAGCGAGCCGACUGCAGAGGAUGGUGUGCCCAACGUAGGGUCUUAUAUGGCUGCCGGCAUACACUAUAGUAAGGUGGCUCCCGCGGUACUUGGACUUCUCAUCGUGGAUGAUCCGGAACUUCAGAGGGCCGCUGUGGAAGCGAAGGCUAUCGUAAAGCUUGCUGUCGGUCUCAAGAGAAGUUUUGAAACAUCGUCGAAUCGAAAGUACACGCCUUGGAGACCAUACAAGGAAACUCCGAUGGAAAUCGAGCCAACGUCAGAAGAUUGUACGCUUGGCCACGGAGGACCAUCACCAACCAUGCGACAAGCUAUGCUGUACCGGGAAGGCACCCUUCAAGCCCUCGCUGCUGUCGCACCUUUCAACGACGACUAUCGAAAACAGAUUUGCGACCAAGGCGUGCUGUUGCAGAUCAUGCAGGCAAUGGAUCCUUACCACAUUCGCAAGGCUAUUACUUCAAACGUUGAGGACGAAGCUGCAGGCAAUUCGGCUUCGACUAUUCUGGCUGCGUGUGGUACCGUGCGGGCUCUGACACGGUCUGUGACUGCGUUGCGCACGAAGCUAGUUGACAUGGAGGUGGCGAAGACCGUGAUCAGGCUCAUGAGCAACCCUGAUCCGGAGGUUCGCAUUGCUGCGACCAAGGUCCUUGCGAACUUGGCAAUGGAUUUUAGCCCGAUGAAGGAAUCUGUUGGGGAUACUGCGGUGGUCAAAAAGCUCUGUGAGCAAGCCCAUUCGGCCAAUGCGAGACUACGACUCGAAUCCAUUUGGGCACUCAAACAACUAGUGGUGAACGCCUCCAAAACCCUCAAGUUUGAAGUUGUGAACGAGUUAGGAUCUAGUUGGAUUCGUUUACUUAUCCGGACUGAUCCAUACGACAUUCCUGGUGGUGAAGUUAUUGGACUUAUCGUGGACAAGGAUUACCCUCCCAGGGUGAAUGCCUCAGAGGACACAAUCAUGAGUGAAGACUCUGAUGGAGAGGAUACUACCCCUUUCGCAGACGCCAGCCCGCACCCCUUCGAACCCGAGGAUGAUUUCAAUCGUCAUACACCCGAGGACGAUUUAGCAAUUCAAGAGCAAGUAUUGGACCUCCUACGCAAUUUGUUCUGUGGAGACACUGCAUCUGACCUUGUCGACUAUGUGCUUGGCCAGAUGGGCAAGACCGAAUUCUUCGACAUUCUGCGGAAGCGUCUCGUGGGCAGGAAGCUGUAUGGGGCCACCAGAAAGGAUACUAUCGAAUCCCCGGCCCCAAUUGGCAUUGUGAGCAAGGUUUUGUACAUUGUGGUGCAUAUCGCAGCGUGCAGCCAGCGGUGGCGGAAGAACUUAGUCAGCGAAAUGACGCUCCUCAAGGUUGUUCUUGGCUUUCACGGUCAUCCGGAACGCGACAUUCGGACCCAAAUUUGCUGGUUGGCCAUCAAUCUGAUGUUCGAGGACGACGUCAGUGACAGAGCGUCAUGCAAACAGCGUGCGCUGGAAUUGACAAAGAUGGGCUACCGUGAGAAGAUCUCUAAAUUGGAGAACGACGUGGAUCUGGACGUGAGAGAGCGAGCAAAGACAGCAGCCCAUCUUUUCUCUAGCCUGCUUGAAACAAGGUGA